GUUGCUUCAGAGCUGGACGGGAAAAUGUAUUGAUCGUGAUGGAAAACGCAGGUCCUGCGCCGAUGAUCCCAAGACUGACGUACGGCGUAGUAGGGCAAACACCUGAUUGGUCUUUCGACGUCCUCCAAGAGUUACAGCCAUCACCUCAGGUGUUUUGUAUACCCUUUCGUCGAAGGGAAAUAACGGGAAUUUUGCAUUUGUUUUCUAGUCCAGUCAUCAUGGGGAAGUACGCCAAUGUAGUCGCAGUGGGUCUGAUUGGUAUGUUGUGUUUGCUCGACGGAUACUCGGCCAGAAACUUGAAAACUGAGCAAGCUGAAAUCGAACAAAGACAACUGUUGAACAUACUGCCAUCUUGGUUGGAACGAAUUCGAAACAAUUUGCCAUCCAGUUUGACUGGCAGGGUAAAACCUUUGAGUGCUUCGGUCGAUGUGCCUGCAGCCACGAAACCAGCUGAGGUUUUGAAUUGGCCCUCGAUUGAAUUAGAUGUCGGCCAAAUUACCGGCGUGGCCGUUGACGACAAGUCAAACCCUGUCAUUCUUCAUCGAGGCAACAUCAAAUGGGAUGGAGGCUCAUUCGAUCGCAGCGGAUUAUACAAUCGAAUUGCCGAUGGACCCAUCAAGAAUGACACGAUCGUCACCCUGGAUGCUGCAACAGGAUCGCUGAUAGAUCAUUGGGGUUCUAACCUAUUUUACAUGCCUCACGGAUUGGAAGUGGAUGCCAAUGGCAAUACUUGGGUCACUGACGUCGCAUUGCAUCAAGUCUUUAAGUUUCCGAAGGGGAGCCAAGUGCCAAGUUUGACACUGGGUGAAGCUUUCGUUUCGGGAUCGGAUGAUAAACAUUUUUGCAAACCGACAGAUGUGGUUGUGUCAUCGUCAGGCAUCUUCUUCGUAUCCGACGGUUAUUGCAAUAAACGAAUCCUCAAAUUCGAUGCUGAUGGCCGCCUGUUGGACGCGUUCACGGGGCCGUUCAACAUCGUGCACAGCCUGACGUUAAUGGAGGAGAAGGACGCGCUUUGCAUAGCUGAUCGAGAGAAUUCCCGUAUCGUCUGCAUUCACGCCGGAUUGAAAGAAGGACAAGCCAAAUUCGGGUCACCCUACGGCCCGGCUGGCUACACAGGCAAAGACGUUGGCCGAGUCUUUGCCGUUGCUGCCAAAGGCCAGCAACUUUACGCCGUUUUCCAAUCCAUUUUCCUGGGCAUGUCUGAUGGCAAGACAUUGGAUUUGGACACACUGAGCACCGUAUCCCGCUGGACGCCCGCCAGUGGUUUUGGCAGCCCGCACGAUGUCGCCGUGUCUCGGGACGGUGAAGCCAUGUACAUCGUUCAAAUCGGACCGAACCGCAUCCACAAAUUCGCACUCGAAUGAGAAACACGAGACUCGACAUUUAAAAUGAUUAUCCUCAGAUUAUUAUUUAGAUUCAAACUUCUCUGACGUAUCCAAUGAGAAGGUGCACAUUAAUUGCACGAUAAAAAAAGUAAACGACCUGGCGUUGAUCA